AUGGGUUCCCAAGCUCUUCAGAUACUGCGGCAGGGGGUGUGGGCUUCGCUCACAGGAGGCUGGUAUGUGGACCCCCAUCAGAGCACGUUCUCCAACUGCUUCCACCUGUACCUCUGGAUCUUUCUCCUGGCCUUCCCUUUCCUGCUCUACAUGGUGAGGAUUCAAAUUAUUUCUGUAGAUAAAGGGUGGAAGAAUUCCUUUUCUCUAACUGAAUUGACUGGAUGUCACGUUAGUCAUGCACUUUUUACAUACUGCACUAAGAAAUGUGUAUCAGCCACUAUUCAGGUCAAACUGGUUUUAUCAUAGGACAGGAGAACAGGAUAAUGUUGGUAAUGUAGUCCCCUGUAGCUCAGUUGGUAGAGCAUGGCGCUUGCAACACCAGGGUUGUGGGUUCGUUUCCCACGGGGGGCCAGUAUGAAAAUGUAUGCACUCACUAACUGUAAGUCGCUCUGGAUAAGAGCGUCUGCUAAAUGACUAAAAUGUAAAUGUAAUAAAGUGGAACAGAGCGUACCAUUUCCCCUCCGUAUUCAAAACAGUAUUUUUUUCACACUUGAUGUCCUAUUCCUUCUCUUUACUUUAAUGUUUAAGCUUUUGUGGUCAAACAUGUUAGUAUUUGCUCUAGUGAAGAGUGUUACCUGUAAACCAGGCCUGUUAUGUCCUUUCAAGCUGUCAUGUCUAUCAUCUUUGAAGAGUGGUCCUUCCUUGUCUGUAAUAUGAUGCCCAACAUGUCCAUGUGCCUGCCUAUCAAGGUGGACCAUUUGUUGUUAGUUCUUUUACUGGUAUUGAGAACAAGGCGUUGUUUCACUACCCUCAUCAUGGGCUAGCCUACUUUAAUUCCUAGCUCUGGACUCAAUCUUUCUUCUCCCCUCCCCUCUUUCGUCCUUCCGUCCAGUCUCUCCCCCCCAGCCUGGUUGUGGCAGGUGUGUACUGUGCUGUGGUGGCGGCUUUCUUCACAGCCAUAAAGGCAGUGAACUUCCGCCUCCAUGCCAUGUUCGACCUGGGGGAGAUAGUGGAGAAGAGGCAGGCCUCGCUCAUAACCGACGCCCCACGGCUAGAAGAGGGGGAUGAUGGGUCAGGAGGCCACGAUGGGAACCAGCAUGGGUACUGGCCGAGAUUUCCAAAUCCUAAUGGAAUCCUUUUUUGUCAAAUCAUGUCAAAACAAGAUGUCAUUCUAUGUACAUCCGAGUGAAGAAGCUCAUUUAUGUUGAUGCUUUGAGGGCUGUUAUUUCACAUGUUUGUGGACAGAUUUGAGUGUUAUGUUUUCUCAUGUUGGUAUGUUCCCCUCUCAGGGACAGCAAUGUUGGUGUGGAGAUGACUGUGUUCAGAAAGGUCAACUCAACACCUCCAGUUCGCUGCAGCUCCCAGCACUCUCUGUUUGGACUCAACCAGGUGUCGGUGAGGACUGCCUUGCAUUUACACCAUAUAUAUAUAUAUAUAUAUAUAUAUAGUUCCAUGCAGCAAUCUGCGCACUUCAUGCACAGGAACAUGAAAUUAUUGGGUUGUUUAAUCCCAUACAAAUUAUUUAUAUUCCUGUGAUAUUCAUUCUUAAUCUAACAAAUUAUUGUUUUUUCCUCAGGAGUUUUUGCCUCAGCUUGAUGACAGUGGAGGCUCCAAGGGUAUAGUAUUAAUCUAACCGCAGUGUAUGGGUUGGUAAAGCAGAUCUGAGUAAGGGAUGCUGUGUUUUUUAUCCAACAUGGGCAACAGUGUAAUUUAGGAACUGCUUCUUCUCUUCUCAGAUAUCAAGGAUCUGAUGCGAGAGCAAGGCAGCAAUAACUUGAUUGUCACGUCAGCACACCGGGAGGUCCUCCGCCACAGCUCCCAGGACCCCAUCCGUAAGCACAGCAUUACACUGCAAAUAGAUCUAGAAUCUUUUGUCCAUGUGCCAAAUAGUGAUAUGAAGUUUAUUUAAUCCAACACAAAACAAUUUAGCUAUGUUUGUCUUUGCUUUGGCAUUUGUGUACUUAGUUUGGACUUUUACUUCUUACAGAUGUUGCCAACGUUGCCAGCAUGGUCCAGUCCUGCUUGGCUGCUGCUCUAGGGGGAGAGUUCCCUGGCCUAAGGGGAGUGGGAGCAGGGAUGUCAGGGGGAUUUGGUAGCUUACAACCUGGGGAGUGCAUCUCCAUCCCCCCCUCCCCCUCCAGUCAGGAAGACGGAGGAGAGAAGGGCCAGUUGGAAGAGAUUGAGGGGAUGCUGGAGCAGCUGUCCCAGCAGAGUCCUGACGAAGAUGUGAUCGUGAUGGGGGCCUACUCCCCCCUGGGCCCCUCUGCUGAUUCGGGGAGCCUGGGGGACGCUCCCAUCAGCCCCCUCAUAAAGAGCAGUCUGAGUGAGGAGCUAAGUGAGAACCUGUUGGGGCUGGGCCUUGACCCCGUGGCCUUCGCCCCAGGAACAGAGCACCCAGGCAGCCGCAGUGGGGUGGCCAUGGCUGCCGGCUCCACAGACAGCUGCUUCAGCGGGGGCGGGGCGGCCACGGACCGCGAGACCCUCAGCACCGUCAGCAGCUACCGCAGUGAGAAGACUGACUCCACCCAGCUGGAAAGCCCUUCACUCAGCCUGCCACGGAACAUAGACUCGGGGACCCCAACCUCUGCCCCAGCCCUGGGCACCAAUACGCUAGAGCCAGCAGAGGAGCCAGUGCUGCAGGGGGGAAGUGAUACUGACGACCUGUCGGACAGCGAACUGCUGCACUCCCCUGCCAAAGAGCGCUCUCUGGGCCAGGAGCUUGAUAGGACACUAGUGGAAGGGGAGGACUUGCCCCCUGUCCCCUCAGAUAUUGCACAUCCCCCCUCCCUCCAGGACUCAUCUCCCUCCAGUAGUGGGCACUCAGAGUCCUGUGAUCUGGACAGGAGGGUUCCCCCCCUCCCCCCUCCGAGGCAGGCCAGCUCGGUGCCGUCAGGGCUGGCCCUGGGUCUAGUGUGUUCUGAGCCUGCUCUGCCCGUCUCCUCCACCCCCUUCCUGCACUCUGAGCAGCCCUCUCUGCAGGCCCAGCAGGUGGUGCGCCCCAAAGACUUGAAGCUGCUGCGGACCGGUGGGAGUAGUGUGGGCCACCGGCCUGGCCGCAGGAAAGCCCCUCGCAAGCGAGGUGGAGCGGGAAACAGCAGCUUUGACUGCGGCUCCUACAGGCGGCACCACAACCACGGGCAGCACAGAGACUACAUCCCAGUGCGCAGCCGGCUGGGGGCUAAGGCCUACAGCGAGAGCCUGUUUGAGGACUCCAGUGAUGAAGAUGACGGCAGUGACAUGAGCGCCGGCUCCAGUCUGGGCUCCCAGAGACGCUACAGCUCUGACGAUGACGAUGACGACUCGAGCUCCUCUACCUCCUGCUACUCCCCCGACCUCGCUAACGCUGGCAUUACGAACCCACCCCCCUCCUCCACCCAGCUGCCCACCCCCAGGGAAGGAGAGUUGUCUGAGAUGGCUGGUCCCUCGUACUCCCAGAGGGCUCAGAGGUCAGCUAGCACGGCUAGUGCUAAGACUCACGCCAGGGUGCUCAGUAUGGACGGGGCCGGUGGGGGCCACACUAACACUGUGGCCCUGCCCUCCACCAUGCUGACCUCCUCCACCCCUGCUCCACGACCCCUCACCGUCUCCAAGUCAGACCUGGAGGCCCGGACCAGCCACACAGAUGGCUUCCCUGGAACUCACCACCACCGCCUGGACUCUCUGGGAGGCUCCUGGGCUGGCAACCAGACGGGCUGGAGGGCUGGGGAACUGGUGGAGGAGGGAGCUGUGGGGGGAGGUGAGACAUAUUAUUCUCUCUAACUCUGGGCCUUUAUUCAUAAAGUGUGCUGAGAUAGGAUCAGGUCGCCCUGACCAUUCAUUAUAAUCUAAAAGGCAAAACUGAUUCUAGAUCAGCAACCCUACUGAUAAACAGUCCAAUUCAAGAUAGAAAGCUCUGAAAUGUGAAACUGUUUCAUUGAAAGACUGAUUGUUUGCUAUAUUUACUCCAUUAAUCAGGGUCAGGUAUUUCUAGAACUCAACAUCUGAAAUGAACAUCCUUGUACUCAUGUGAAUAUCUGCUGCCCCCAGCUCUGGCCCCAGAGGAGGGGGGCAAGCGGGACUCGGUGAGCAGUGUGAAGAGGACCCAGGCCAUCCGCAGGCGACACAACGCGGGGAGCAAUCCCACACCACCCCCCUCUACCAUGGGCUCCCCACCCAGGUUGGUCUAGUCAAACACUUCCACACCAACACUCUUGAUAUAUGUCUUAUGCCAAUCACCUCUGUAUGUACAUGCUACGUAAAGCCCAUCUCCUGUGUCUUCCUGUAGUCUCCAGGACCUCCAGCGUGCCCGUACCUCCUCACACUCGCGCACCCGGACCCUGCCCUCUGCCUUACAGUUUGCCACAUCACUACUGCUGCCCCGCGGGGGGGUCCACGAAGCCUCUACCUUCGACGACACCACAGAGGGGGCUGUGCACUACUUCUAUGACGAGGGCGGUGAGUGUGUGGGGAUGCUAGGCUGGGGCUAGCUUUAGGGAAGGGAAGAGUUAGAAUCUUCGUCGGGGGAAGGGGGGGUGGGGGGGAGGCAUUGGGCAGGUGGAAGGGGGGCCCUCUCCUUUUAAUAAACCUAGCCUGAAGAGAGCGAGAAAUAAGCCCCUUUGUUCGUGGGCUUUACUGAGGCAUUCAUGUAUUUAAAUGUGCAAUGCAAAUGAUUCCGUCCUAGUUUACAGUGUAGUUGAUGCUUUGUUUUUUUCAGGAGUGAAGAGAUCGUACACGUUUGGACCUGCUGGAGGCGGUUAUGAGGAUCCAGUGGCGUAAGUGUCUCUCUCUGAUGAGCGUUAGGCUUUUUGCUUGAAACUGAUUUUGAUAUGUCUGAGCCCCUCCCUCUUCUUCUCCUCUCAGGGAGCGGGAAAGACAGUCCCAAUCCUCCAGCUUCACCUCCACUGAUGUCCAGGAGGGGGCCCCGGUGCUCACCAUGCUCCAGCCCAGGCCUGUGGUUCUGCAGGGCAUGCAGGUACGCAGGGUGCCCCUGGAGAUGUCAGAGAUGCCAGAGGUGAGAGAAACACCAUUAGAAUUUCUGUUUCAACAGCUUUGUUCUAAAGCUGUAUCCGUACCCAUUGGAUGCAGUGAUCACAAUAUAGUGGCUAUAUCCAGGAAAGCCAAAGUUCCAAAAGCUGGGCUUAAAAUAGUGUAUAAGAGAUCAUACAAAAGAUUUUGCUGUGACUCUUAUGUGGAUGAUGUUAAAAAUAUUUGUUGUUCUGAUGUGAUUAAUAAGGAGCAUCCAGACGCUGCACUUGAUUCAUUUAUGAUAUUGUUUUUUCCAAUUAUUGAUAAACAUGCACCUGUUAAGAAACUGACGUUUAGAACUGUUAAGGCUCCAUGGAGUGAUGAGGAAUUGAAAAACUGUAUGGCUAAAAGAGAUGGGGCAAAAGGAGUGGCUAAUAAGUCUGGCUGCACAUCUGACUGGUUGACUUAAUGCAAAUUGAGAAAAUAUGUGACUAAACUGAACAAAAAGAAGAACACCAAGAGCGUUGUGCCAGUAACCGAAAGGUCGCUGGUUCUAAUCCCCGAGCCGACUAGGUAAAAAAAUCUGUCGAUGUGCCCUUGAGCAAGGCACUUAACCCUAAUUGCUCCUGUGAGUCGCUCUGGAUAAGAGCGUCUGCUAAAUGACUAAAAUGUAAAUGUAAGAAGAAACUGUAUUAUGAAGCCAAGAUCGAUGAUAUUAAAACUUUUGAGUACUUUAAAUUAUGGACAGAAAGACAAAUUCAACUCCAUCUUUCAUCGAAUCAGAUGGCUUAUUUAUAACAAAACCAUUUGAUGUUGCCAAUUAUUUUAAUGUUUACUUCAUUGGCAAAGUGGGCAAACUUAGGCAGAAAAUGCCAACAACGAACAGUGAGCCAUCGUAAUCAUGUAUAAAAAAUAAAAAUAAAUAAUGAAAGAAAACAUUGCAAGUUUGAAUUUUGUAAAGUUAGUGUGGGAGAGGUGGAAGAAUUAUCGAUCAAUAAUGACGAACUUCCUGGCAUUGACAACUUAGAUGGAAAGCUACUGAGGAUGGUAGCUGACUCUAUAGCCACUCCUAUCUGUCAUAUCGUUAAUCUGAGCAUAGAGGAAAGUAUUUUGUCCUCAGGCCUGGAGGGAAGCCAAAGUCAUUCCGCUACCCAAGAGGGGUAAAGCGGCCUUUACUGGUUCUAACAGCAGACCUAUCAGCUUGCUGCCAGCUCUUAGCAAACUGUUGGAUAAAAUGGUGUUUGACCAAAUACAAUGCUACUUCUCUGUAAACAAAUUAACAACAUACUUUCAGCAUGCUUAUAGAGAAAGGCACUCAACAUGUACUGCACUGACACAAAUGACUGAUGAUUGGUUGAAAGAAAUUGAUAAUAAGAAGAUUGUGGGAGCUGUACUGUUAGAUUUCAGUGCAGCCUUUGAUAUUAUUGACCAUAACCUGUUGGUGUGAACUUAUGUGUUAUGGUCUACUCUUUUCUAUUUUUACCAAUGACCUGCCACUGGCAUUAAACAAAGCAUGUGUGUUCAUGAAUGCUGAUGAUUCAACCAUAUACUUAUCAGCAACCACAGCUAAUGAAGUCACAAACCCUUAACAAAGUGUUUUGGAAUGGGUGGCCAGUAAUAAACUGGUCCUGAACAUCUUUAAAACUAAGAGCAUUGUAUUUGGUACAAAUCGAUCCCUAAGUUCUAGACCUCAGCUGAAUCUGGUAAUGAAUGGUGUGGCUGUUGAACAAGUUGAGACUAAAUUACUUAGUGUUACCUUAGAUUGUAAACUGUCAUGGUCAAAGCAUAUAGAUUCAAUGGUUGUAAAGAUGGGGAGAGGUCUGUCCGUGAUAAAGAGAUGCUCUGCUUUUUUGACACCACACUCCACAAAGCAAGUCCUGCAGGCUCUAGUUUGUCCAGCCAUGUGGUGAAGUGCUGCAAAGAAAUAUCUAGUUAAGCUGCAGCUGGCCCAGAACAGAGUGGCACGUCUUGCUCUUCAUUGUAAUCAGAGGGCUAAUAUGAAUACUAUGCAUGCCAGUCUCUAUUGGCUAAGAGUUGAGGAAAGACUGACUGCGUCACUUCUUGUUUUUAGAAGAAACAUUCAUGUUGGAAAUUACAAAUUGUUUGCAGUCAACUUCCACACAGCACUUACACCACUUUUUCACAGUACCAGGUCCAGAACAAAUUUAAUGAAACGUACAGUAUUAUACAGAGCCAUGAGUGCAUGGAACUCCCUUCCAUCUUAUAUAGCUCAAGUGAACAGCAAACCUGUUUUCAAAAAAACAAAUUGAGCAACACCUCACGGCACAACGCUUCUCCCCCAUGUGAUCUACUUGUUGUGUGUAUGUACUGACAUGUAUGUGUAACUGAUAGAUGCGCGCACACACAAUGUAUGUAAAUUGUAAAGUAUUUUGUCUUUAAUGUUGUUUUUUUUUAUAUGUUGGACCCCAGUAAGACUAGCUGUCGCUACUUGUUUCUAAUGGGGAUCCUAAUAAAUCAAAUCAAAAUCAUGUAUUUCAGACAAAUUAACCCUCUGGACAUUUCUUGUAUAUUCCUGUAAAUGUGGCUUUAUUAUUUUAUCAAAUAUGCAUGAUAUUUGACUCGAAUUCCCCCUCUCUGUCUCUAGUUUGACCUGGACCAUGAGUCUCUCCAUGAGUCCCAGGAGAACACGCUGAUGAUCGAGGAGAAGGCCAAGCCAAAACAGUACUACCGCUUCUGGGUGCUGCCAGGGAAGUGGCUGAGGGUACGUUACGACCGUCUGGCCCUGCUGGCACUACUGGACAGGUGAGACACAGCAGCUAGCUAGUUUAUCUCCGUGGUAAUAUGAUCCAAUGUUUGUCAUCUGUAUUGAGGAGGAAGCCAUGGUUCCAUUAGAGGUCUGUCUAUACUGUGGAGUGACAGUGUUAGGGUUACUGCUAGCUUUCUCAAAACUCUGGAUUUCUGGAUUUUGCAACCCUGGACAGUGUAAAUGACCUCCUGUCCUCCAUUGUGUCUGUCCUGUAGGAACCGUGGUGUAGGAGAGAAUGUGUUUGCGGUGGUGCUGGCCAGCAUGGUGGCCUUCCUGGGGUUCCUGCUGCUCCUGGAGGGCUUCUUCAGGGACAUCUGGGUCUUCCAGUUCUGCCUGGUCAUCGCCAGCUGUCAGUACUCACUACUAAAGGUACACAACACAAGUCAUAAGGAUUCAUUACAGUUCUACUCAAUUCCUAUAUUCCCAUUUUAUUAGUUUAUACAGUAAAAGAAAAUCAACUGCCGACGCAUUUGAUGAAACCGUAAUAGACCAGUGUUAACUUGAAGUAAACUAAUGUGUUAAAACGUUUGAAAUUACACUUUGUCUCUCCUUCCUCAGAGUGUUCAACCAGAUGCAGCCUCCCCAAUGCAUGUAAGUGGAUGAUGUCAUUCAAACAUCUGCCUUGGUCAUUAUCAAGUUAGUAACCAAUCCAUUGUUGAUUUUUGUUUUGAUGGCACAACCUGAUGACUGUCUGGUCUAACCCAUCAGGGCCAUAACUGGAUCAUUGUGUACAGUCGGCCCGUCUACUUCUGCCUGUGCUGUGCUCUCAUCUGGGUGUUAGACCUGGCAGGGCGCUCAGGCCACCUGCAGCCCUUCUCCCUCUACGGCGUCACCUUCUUCUCCGCUCACUUCCUGCUCUGUGCCAGGGACGUGCUCAUAGGUCAGUCAGUGUUAGCCACUUUUAGCUGUGUGCUUUUAUUUCUUUUGUAAUCGUGUUGUGACCAACAGACUCAUUCACGCCCUUUCUCCCUCUCUAUCUCUUUCUUCCCCCUCAGUGUUUGCCUUGUGUUUCCCUGUCAUUUUCCUGUUUGGCCUUCUACCUCAGGUCAAUACCUUCCUCAUGUGUCUGCUGGAGCAGGUUGACAUGCACAUUUUUGGGGGAACAGGUAAGACAGGGCCACGCGGUGAGACAUUCACUGUAAUUCACAAAGUAAUUUCUCUGUUUUUUGUCGAGUGAUGCAUGUUGACCGUGUGUGUGGUGUUUCUCUCCACAGCCACCACCAGCCCUCUGUCGUCUCUUUACAGCCUGUUACGCAGUGUGCUGGUGGCCGCGUUGCUCUAUGGAUUCUGCCUCGGUGCUAUCAAUGCGCCCUGGGAACAUCCCCAUGUGCCAGUGCUGUUUUCAGUGUUCUGCGGCCUGCUCCUGGCCCUCUCCUACCACCUGAGCCGCCAAAGCAGUGACCCUGUCAUCCUG